UAUUUGGUCGUCAGGUAUUAACUAAUUUAUAACAGGUAAACAUGCUACACCUGUAUAACCGACUCGAUUGAUUUGGUAAUGACAAUUCAUUAGGUCACAAAUUUGAUUUAAUUUACAAUAGGAAUUGUUUAACUGUCGUAUUAUCAGAUUGUAAAGUUAAAAUGUAGACGGGAUUUACACUACCAAAAAUAUAGUCUUUUUAUGUGCCAAAGUUUUUGCCAGUAAAUGUUAAAAUGAAAACUGAAGCUUAUACCCCAAAAGUUUUGGGUCACGGACAAGGAAAAUGUGCCACAACAAUAUUAACUGAAGGUGGCUAUAUUUACCCUAUAGUGUCCUCCACGAGUUAUAAUGAUAGGAUUAAAUCUGCUCCCUAUGCGUACGGACGUGGUGCUAGACCUAUGCAUAGAAGUACACUGACUAUAACCAAACCACCGUGGAACUUACAAGAGGAAUAUAAAACUACAACUAAACAGUAUUUCAGCGGGAGUAAAAGUUUAAACUCAGUACGACGGCCGCCUUUAUGUCCGUCUAUGCACCGUUCUCAGAUAAAAAUGUCCCAUCCUUCAGAUGAUAAACGGGGCUGGGAUACAGAUUACACUGGUACCUACAGAGAGAAAGAUAUUGUACCUGCGAAUAGACUUCACAUGAUAUCACUGAGAAACAGAAUCGACCAGACUGAGGGUGUAGAUAUGAAGAAAGUUGUCAAACCGGAUCAGUCUCCACAGAGUUACUUUACACAAUACAAUAGGACACAUAAUAAAUUAGGGAAUCUGCUAGGGCCCGGUGUACCUAGAGGAUAUCCAAUCAGAGAAAGUUAUAAUAUACUCACAGGGGAGGAGACAGGAUUAGCAUGGAAGGAAGACAAUAAACGAACAUCAGGAAACAGACAUUUAUAUGACAGUCGAUGUACAGACAGAUCGUAUUCCAUACUCUGUUGAUUUAUAUGACAGUCGGUGUACAGACAGAUCUUAUUCCAUACUCUGUUGAUUUAUAUGACAGUCGGUGUACAGACAGAUAUUAUUCCAUACUCUGUUGAUUUAUAUAACAGUCGGCAUACAGGCAGAUGUUAUUCUACACUCUUUUGAUUUAUAUGACAGUCGGUGUACAUAUUGAUUUUAUUCCAUUCUUUAUUGAUUCUGUUACGGCAUUUAUCUGUGUCCACUACGACAUCAGAUUACUAGGGAAUCAAAAUAAGUAAAGAUACUGUCAAUUACUCGUUUUAUUUUGUGCAAUUUAGAUAUUUAUUACAAUUGUGUCUGUACAGUGUAUAUAUGAAAUGGAUGAACAUUAAUGUUUUGAUAUUAAAGCAUAAUAAUGUACUA